CAAAAUUUUAACCUACAACCUACAUAAGUAAAUUUUGGUUUGUGAUUGUGAUAGUUUUAUUGUUAUAAAAUGAAUAAAUUAGAACGAUUUGCGUGCACCUUAUCUAAAUGUAAUAAAAGAUAUAUCAGUGGACCUAAACGAAAAUAUCCUAUUGACCGGGAACAUGAAAAAACAUUACCAGUGUUUCAAUACAAUGUCAGCAAAGAAAAUUACAGGAGGGUGUUUUCGUGGGGUAACAUUCACACAGGUGCACUCGGUAAAGGGUUUAAGAAAUACAAAGAAGGCGAAAAAUACCUAAAACCCCUAUAUUUUCCAAAGAGAAUCACGCUCGGGGAGCAGCACGAAGUUGUCUCAGCCACCUGCGGCUUCGGAUUCACCGUUUUCUCCGUACGAAACGACACGAGUCAAAAACUCUACGGCACGGGCAUUAACACAGACUCCCAGAUCGGCUACCACGAGGUUCGAACGGGGCACCCCUUAGAAACGAUAUUCGUCCCCCAGCCGAUCCAUUUACCGUUCAAAAACCCCGAAAGCGCCCGAGUGACCAAGCUCGCAGCCGGCCGGGCGCAUCUCCUGGUUUUAACCGACGAAGGAUUGUUCACUCUCGGAAACAACUCAUUCGGCCAGUGCGGUCGAAGAGUGGUGCCCGAUGAGAAUUACGGCAUGAGCAACUACAUACACCACAUUGAAAACAUCGACGGGAAGAAAAUCGUGGAUGUCGAAUGUGGACAGGAUCAUAGUCUUGCAGUUACCGAAGAUGGUGGGGUGUACUCGUGCGGUUGGGGAGCUGACGGGCAGACGGGUUUAGAGCAUUAUAAGAAUUGCAGUGAGUUCACGAAAGUGAAUGGUGAUAUUAGUUCCGAAAAGAUAGUCAAGGUGUCGUCGAAGUCCGAUUUUGUAAUGGCGUUGAAUGAUAAAGGCGAAGUGUUUGGAUGGGGUAAUACAGAGUAUGGUCAAAUAACUUUACCGGGAGGAGACCAACAAAUUUCAACUCCACAUCACAUUAAAAUGCUGGAUAAAUUGGGCAAAAUCAAAUGCGUAGCCACAGCGGGGGCAUUUUGUUUGGUCGUUAACGAAAACGGUCAAGUGUAUUCUUGGGGCUACGGGUUAUUAGGUACAGGCCCAAACGUUGAACUAUCCAAAACUCCUGUGCAUAUACCACAGACUCUGUUCGGUAGAAACGACUUCCAGCCCGAUUCUACUGUAAUAGAUGUUACUUGUGGAUUGUACCACGCAGCUGCAAUCACGAAUCUUGGAGACCUCUACACUUGGGGUCGAAAUAAAUUCGGUUGCCUGGGUUUAGGAGACAUCGAAGACCAGUACUUCCCGCUAAAGGUAGCAAUUGGUGGAAUCGUCCAAAAAGUAGCCUGCGGAAUAGACCACACUGUAGCCGUAUGCAAACCAUUCAUUUAAUUCGAAAUACUAUACAUAAAAAAACCGUAUUUAUUUUUGUACAAACAACCAUUAAAUCGAUUCGACAGACGUUUUUAUGCGAGUACCUAAUUGCAGCGAAACUUGCUUGUCAUUAGCCCGUGUGGACCGACGUACUA